CCUCAUGCAGUGCACCUGUCUGCCACACCCACCUCAUCAGCACCAUCACUCUCACCUGCUCACUCUGCUGCACCUACACCCUGCAGUAUUUAAACCCCAGUCUCACACACACUCACUGCCAGAUCGUUCUCCGCAUUAUGCCAGACCUUCCAGCGUUAUUCCCCGGACUGAUUUCCCGUUGCCGACCCCGCUUGUUUGGACUUCUCCGCUUUGCCUCUGCCCCGGUGUUUAAGAUGGGUAUUUACUGAAGUGAAGAGAAGACAAGCUGCUCAUCCUGGUUCCUCCAGGGUCAAACUCUGAAUCUCUCCACCGAUCCUCUGGACAUAACUGUAGACAAAACAGACCAAGAACUUCCACUCUAAACAAAAACUAUCUGAUGGAACAUCAAACCAAAGUGUCCACUGUCUCCUUUAUCCACCAUAAUGAUCUCCAGUAACUCUCACACUUCAGCAAGGAUAGUGCAUUAACAGAUUCCUCACAUCAUCUUGGAUCAUCUGCGAAUUUAAAGACUGUGUACGAUGCUUACCUUAAUGGAAAAUACGCUUUUGGAUGCAUGUCCAUUCCCAACCUGGAAAAAAAGAGCUGUUUAACUUUCCACUUACUUGUUCAACAGCAAUACUCCCUGAUGAUAAUAAGGGAAUAUGCCACUCUGUUUCUGGUGGGCUCCUGUUUCCUGUUGGACUACAGCUCCCAAAUCCCCCUGCAGGCUCUCCUCCAGAGUAGAACUAAGGCUGGGGUGAUGUCAGCCAGGGGAGGGAAUGGAGACAAAACUGUGAGAGCAUCUUUUGAGGAAGUGACAUCAUUGGUGAGCAGGACGAGUCUAAGAAGACAUGGGAGGUCGAGGGUCCAGCGCAUUAAAAGAGGAUGGGUGUGGAACCAGUUCUUUGUCCUGGAGGAGUACAUGGGAUCGGAACCACAGUAUGUUGGAAAGCUCCACACGGACAUGGACAAUGGAGACAAUGCAGUCAAGUACACUCUGUCAGGAGAAGGAGCUGGGUCCAUCUUUGCCAUAGAUCAAUUUACUGGAGAUAUUCAUGCACUGGUGGGGCUUGACAGGGAGGUGAAGUCCUACUACACGCUGAAGGCCCAGGCUGUUGAUAUCUACACAGGCCUCCCUCUGGAGCCACAGUCUGAGUUCAUCGUCAAGGUGCAGGACAUCAACGACAACGAGCCAUGUUUUCCUGAUGGUCCCUACAGCGCCAGUGUCCCCGAGAUGUCUCCAACAGGAACUUAUGUGACUCAGGUGACUGCCACCGAUGCAGAUGACCCCACAUAUGGCAACAGUGCACGAAUCGUCUACAGUAUCCUUCAUGGCCAGCCUUACUUCUCUGUGGACCCCAAGACAGGAAUCAUCAGGACAGCUCUAGCCAACAUGGACCGCGAGGUGAAAGGGGAGUACCAAGUUCUUCUCCAGGCCAAAGACAUGGGAGGUCAGAUGGGGGGGCUGGCCUCCACCACCACUAUCAACAUCACCCUCAGCGAUGUCAACGACAACCCACCACGCUUCGCUAAGAGUAUUUUCCAUCUGCGGGUUCCAGAGUCUGCGUCAGUUGGCUCAGCAGUGGGUCAGAUUCGAGCCCACGAUCAGGAUGCCGGCAGCAAUGCAGACGUGGAUUAUGCCAUUGUUCCAGGAGAUGAGGGCAACAUGUUUGACAUCAUCUCUAAUAGCCAAAGUCAAGAGGGAGUUGUAGUCUUGAAAAAGACUCUUGACUAUGAGACAAAGAAGUCAUACACCUUUAAGGUUGAGGUGUCUAACGCACAGCUAGACCGCCGUUUCCUCCACCUGGGGCCCUUCAAGGACUCAGCGACAGUUAAGGUGAAUGUCCUGGACAUGGACGAGCCUCCAGUCUUCACCAAGCCAUCCUACUCCAUGGAUGUGUUUGAGGACACUCCUCCAGGAACCAUCAUCGGCUCUGUGACGGCUCAAGACCUGGAUGCUAGCAGCAGUGCUGUCAGGUAUUCCUUGGAAUGGCAGACGGAGUCCGACAGCUGUUUUGACAUUGACACUGUGGAAGGGACAAUUUCCACUAAUGAAUACCUGGACAGAGAGACAGCUGUUCAGCACAAUAUCUCUGUAGUGGCAACCAAAGUCAACAACCCUCUGCUAUAUACUAAAGUGUCAGUGACAGUCAACGUCCUGGAUGUGAACGAGUUCCCUCCUGAGCUGGCAGUUCCUUCAGAUACCUAUGUCUGUGAAAACGCCAGAGUGGGACAGGUGAUCCAGACAGUCAGUGCUGUCGACAAGGACCUUUCUCCUGUUGGCCAGAGGUUCUUCUUCAAGUCCCCCAAAGAGCUUCACAACAGGAACUUCACUGUUCGAGAUUUUGGAAACAACACCGCUGGCAUUGUGUCUCGGCGUACGAGCUUCCAGCAGCGGUUGCAGGAUGUGUAUGUCCUUCCUGUUGUGGUUGAAGACAGCGGUUACCCCGCCCAAAGCAGCACAGCCACCCUCAUAAUCCGAGUGUGUGCCUGCGCGGGAGGAGGCUCGCUGCUGAGCUGCUCAGCUGAAGCAAUCUUCCUGCCUGUGGGCCUCAGCACUGGAGCUCUGAUGGCUAUCCUGCUCUGUGUAGCCCUGCUGAUCGUCAUGGCAGCAUUAUACAUGGGCCAGAGGCGCCACAAAGAGAAGGACACUCUGAUGACAUCAAAGGAGGACAUUCGUGAUAAUGUCAUUCAUUAUGAUGAUGAGGGCGGUGGCGAGGCGGACACUCGCGCGUUCAACAUGGGCACUCUGCGCAACACACAUUCACAGCGCACCAGCACUCACAGCAGCAGCUCCAAGAAGGAGAAAAAUGGCUACGGAGACGGGGUUCUGCUGCACCUCAGCAGCCGCUGUGAUGACGUCAGGUCACCUGACAUCCAUCGUGAAACUGCAGGUGUCAUCGCUGGCGUGAACAACAAACACAAAGUGACUGAGGGCGAUGCUGAAAUGAUGAGGGAGUUCAUUGCACAGAGGCUGGAGGAGAGUCAGCAGGGUUACGCUGCCCCGCCCUAUGAUUCACUGGCGACCUACGCCUAUGAGGGUGACGGCUCUGUGGCCGGCUCGCUCAGCUCCAUAGAGGGGUCAUGGGUUAUUGACGAUUCAGGGGAUUUUAGCUCUCUUGGUGACUGGGGACAGCCGUCCAAAACACUAGCUAGCAUCCUGGACAGACAGCCGCCGUCUCUGACUAAGGAGAGCUGAGAGGGAGCUGGUCAGCAGAGAGACUUUGGGAGGCCAUGUGGCAGACCAACUUUUUUAGACAUGAUUUUUUACUGUGACUGGCACCGGCUAGAACGAUGUGAGGACCCUUUAGGGAGCUGUCCAUGUGAAGUAGACACAGAAUCCAGCUACGGAUGUGUGAAAUUUGUUAAUAAAAAUAUCUCUGUGAUUUCAACAUCAGAUUUUUAAGUCUCAUCAAAACAUUUCCAACAGUGGUCACCUGGUUCCUGACCUUUCCUCUAGCAUGUCCAUGAGUUUGCCAUUUUGUUUCAGAGAGAAAUGCCGCAACAGCUACUAUGCAAUUUGGUACGGAACUACAAGUCCAUUCAGGAUGAACUGAUAACUAUUCCUCCACGGCCAUCUUCACCUCAACAUUAAAGUGUGUGCAAUACUUGGUUUUAUGACCAAAUAUUUGCAGAACUAAUUCCCAUCAGCCUUAGCUGUACUUGUCUUUAGUGAGAAUUAGCAAGUGUUAGCAUGCUAAUAUGCUAAACUAAGGUGGCGACGUAUAGGCAUGUUAACACUGUCAUUGUGAGGAUGUUAACAUCUCACUUAACAGCUCACUGCUGUUCAGAACAGUACUGUUUCUGAUUUCACACCAGUUUAGGAUUCAGUUUUUUAUAUAUUUGUUUAAACACUUUAUUUGAUAAACUCUGAGUUAUCAGUCUGGCAAAUUAACUCAGUAUGGCGGUGCGGGGGUGCGUGGUCACAUAUCGACACAGAUGUGUGGGCUGUGCGCUAAUUGUUCCUGCUUCUGCACACUGGUGAUAAUGCUGUUGUAAAGCUGCUAUGUUUAGCAUUAGAGGUGUCUCAUAGUGAUGAACCGACAGAUAAUUUACACCAACUUCUGCAGCUUUAUUAUUUCAGUUUGCUCUCGCUCUGAUCAGCCUUGCCUCCAGCAGCAGGCAGCUGUUUUCAUUGACAAAGUUAGUGACAGUGUUGGGCGAGCUGCUUGGAAAGUGUAGUGAGCUAAGCUACCAGUUAAACCACAUUAAAUGAUGCUUCAAUAAACUGAAGCUAUUCCAGAGAGAUGAAGCAAGCUAAGCUACGUGGCAAAAGUAUUUUUUUAAACAUCAACAUUUUUUAUCUAGUUAUAUGAAGUUUAGAAUAAGGUAUUGUAAUUGAGUCCACUCUGUAGAAGCUAUAUCUUCAUGCAUUUCAAGAUUUUUUU